GAGGAUGGAUGUCAGAGGAGGAGAGUCUAACUCUAGGUAUGAAAAGUUCCUCAGGUACUUGGACCAGCUGUACGCCAGAAGAGAGUGUUGGGCCCUCAGUUAUAGAGGCAGUUUCCUCACCAGAGGAAACAAUACCAACAAUUUUGCAGAAGUGGCAAUGCGUGUCCUCAAGGACAAAAUACUGCAGAGGACAAAGGCCUUCAACCUUCCUCAGCUGUUUGAUCUGCUGACCUCGAGGCUGGAGACCUAUUAUGAGGCACGCAUCGUUGAUGUUGCCCUUGGACGCUGGGAAUCAUUCCAGCGAGCAAAAUUCCUCCCCCAAGAUGGCAACAUUGCAGCAUCACAUAUUCAGCAGAUUGAGGACAAGAAGUUUGUGGUGAAGGGAUCUACACAAACUUAUGAUGUAGACAUGGAUUUGGAGCUGUGUUCUUGCCCUGCAGGACAAACAGGAGCACCUUGUAAACACCAGGCAGCAGUGAUGAAACAUUACAGCUGUUUGUCACACUCUUUUCUACCGAUAAACCCAGAGAUGAGAGCAGAGCUGAUGAAACUGACAUCAGCAGAAACCAUCUCUUUGGAUUUCCUCCAACCACUCAGACUUGAAAGGCAAUCAUGUCAGUCGUUUAGAAGCACUCAUGAACCAAGCAGUACGCAUCAGGAGUGGAGUGCACCAGCUGGGCGUAAAAAAGUAGGGCUUAACUCUAACGUCGGGCUUAGCUACGUCCGACGUAGUGAUUCGAAUUUACACCGAGUGCACCAAGCCUGAUAGUCUCGGGCGUAGCUGCGCCUGGUCUUAAGAUGCGCGUCCACGUGAAUACACGCAAAACAGUAAUUGUUGCCAAGCAACGCCAUUUUACAGACUCAGAGGACCGCAGAGAAGAGGGAAUUCCCACACCCACAGCGUCAGCGAUGACUCAAGGGGAAUCCCAAAUGGCCACACCCCGAAAGAGAAAGAGGGAUUUGUCAGAGCUACAGCGGGAACUGACGGAGAAAGAAAUAGUUCGUGUGGAGGUGGAGACCGUAAAAUUGAGAGCGGAACACAAAACAAUUCUGAAUCUGAGCGCAAUCAGCACCUGCAAGGUUGGGGAGAGCGCAGCGUUUCGAUCUGAUCCGUGCUGGAGUUGAGGGGAGAUCUCCUCGAUUAAAUCAAAAAGGGCUUGUCUGCCGAAACCUCUCUAUCAGUUCACUGUCUGAAUAGAUGUCUAGUGGGUUUGUUCGAUCACGGACUACUCUUUCUCUUCUUAAUGCCCUUUCAUUGUUAAACAUGUAAACAAGACGCCCUGCCAUCGUUAAUAUCCUUCUUGCCUGUUUUACGUUACUAUGGAUACUAGUCUCUCUUUCCGAUUUACGCCUGCUCCGUACUAGGCGUAAAAGUUACACCCGGGCGCAACGCAUACAGGGCUUAAGUCUAAGUGGUGCACUAGUCAUAACUUUAGUUUGGUCUUAACCUUCGGUUCUACGUCGGACGUAGAGUUACGCCCAGCUUAUGCACUCCAGGAGUGGAGUGCACCAGCUGGGCGUAAAAAAGUAGGUCUUAACUUUAACGUCGGGCUUAGCUACGUCCGACUUAGUGAUUUGAAUUUACACCGAGUGCACCAAGCCUGACUAGUCUCGGUCGUAGCUGCGCCUGGUCUUAAGUGCGCGUCCACGUGAAUACACGCGAAACAGUAAUUGUUGCCAAGCAACACACGUCUACAUAAUAAAAAGCUAAGACUUGAAUAACGAAGUCAUGGAUAACGGAAACCAAAAGAAGAGAAAAAUGACGCCCACACCCCGAAAAAGAAAGAGGGAUUUUACAGAGCUACAGCGUGAACUGGUGGAGAAAGAGAUUGUUCAUGUGGAGGUGGAGACCGCACAACUGAGAGCGGAACUUGACAAAAUUGAGCUGGAGAAGGAGAAAUUAAGACUCAAAAUUAUAAUUCUUAAGAAUCAGCAAAGAAUCACUGAAGAAGACAA